AUGUCUCAUGAACAUGCUGGUGGCGAGCGUACUGCUCCGUGGUAUGCAGUGCCGCCACAGGACGUUGUCAGCGUAGAACACCCAUGUGUUGUAAGAAACAUUGAUAAGGCCAUUGAUACCCUCCAAGGCCAUGCAGCAAUAUCAGAAAUGCUUGAUGCGUCAAAUCAAGACUCACCCUUGACUCUCAUGCUGAACCCGGAAGAUGUCAUGAGCAGGCCAAUAAGAUCUACAAGCAAGCAGACAAACAAUAUUCUUCUCAAGGUUACCGUGCCCAAGAGGACCGGGAGAAGGCGGAAGCGAGGUUCUCAGGACCCGUUCGUUGAUAGUCAUGAGGAUGGGGAGGUGACGCCUCUUAGCCAGCUAGAUGCUCGAGGUCUUCUUCAGCGUCUACGAGAAGAUGCCAGGCGGUAUCAAGUAGAUGUUGUUGGCCAGGACUACCUGAUUUUGCAUACUCCACGACAAGAAGCCCUUUUAUACAGAAAUUUCGAGAGACGAUAUUACCAUUCGAAUUUUGAAUUUGACCUCUCAAAGGGGGCUACAUCCAACGUCGACAUCAUCCCACCCCCAGCCCUAAGUAACAACGAUGUUGCCUUCCAAUAUCUCUACCGACAAAACCCAACAGUGAAGCGUUCGAUUGACCCAUCUGGCCAAGUAACAACUGCCAACACCCAACGAAUAGUAAAGAUACCCACUCACCUUGUGUCUUACGACAUAUCAGCGGUACCAACGGAGCCACAACCAAACUGCCCACCACUGUCAGAUCAGGAUCCUACGGUCCACGACACUGUGGCUGCCCUGCGCGCACUCUUUAAUGAAAGACCAGCUUGGACUCGUCGCGCUCUUCGUAACAAACUGCCCACACCCGAAAGAAAAUAUGCCCUCCGUAUCGCCAUUCCAUAUGUCGGCUACCUCUUCCGCUCGGGACCCUGGCGAGAUGGCAUAUUCAAAUUUGGCUUUGAUCCCCGAAUCUCACCUGAUUACAGAAUCUAUCAGACGCUUAUGUUCCGCCUUUUCCCAGUCUCAGCUGAGGCGGAGGGACGGGAGCAGGAAAAUGACCCAAACGCACAAUUUACAACCACCACCACCCCUCUGUCGGGAAGACGACACACUCUCCCUCGCCUAUCAUUUGAAAACAACACUGACCCUACACUCGCUAGAUCGCAUAUCUGGACUGGCGAACCGCCACUCUCUAAAGAUGGAAAGACAUGGAUGAUAGUAGAUAUUGAAGAUCCGAUACUCGCCCGGCUACUAGAUCCUUCGUCUCCUGACGCACAUCCUCCUCGGGAAAAGUGUGAUAUCUACUCCUGUGGAUGGUAUGGUAACGUUACACUCUCAAUAGUUCGCACGAUAAUGCGUAUGAAGAUGACUAUGAUGAUGGAAGGCCGAACAGACUGGCCUUCGGAGCAGGAGUUAUUGCCUCUACUGAGUCUGCCGAGUCAUGUAGAUUCAGAGGAGGAUCUGAAUAAGCUAACUCUGGUUAAGGAUGGACUGGGACCCGUACCGUCACAUUUACUCACAGAGAUUCGAGCAGUGGCUCGAAAUGUGCCGUGGAAAAUGGACAAGAUGAGGGAGAGAUUUAGGGGAGCCGUUGGGCCUUUAGGGAGGAGUGAAAAGAGAGUUAGAUGGGACGAUCAACCGGACGAGGAUGAAGAUGAUGGGGAGGGCGAGGAGCAGGAGCAAGAUCAGGAUGACGAUGAAGACGAUGAAGACGAAGUAAUGGGAGAUUACGAUGAAGGGGAAGACAUCGAUAUCGAGCCCCAGAAGGGAUAG